AUGAACCACCACUUUAGGGUAACUUCAUUUAUUUGUCUUAAUAUUUUUUUGUUUGGUUUAGGAGAGACUGUCAUAAAUAAUGGCGAACCUUGUUCACCUAAGGACACAAGGAAUGUUGGAGCUGUGGAGGAACCACUCCAGGCAGAAGAGAAAAAUAAAUCUGCAGAUAUUUCAAAACACAAAGAACAAUGCCUUGUACCAUGUGAUGCUCAAGCUAAAAUUUUACGAGGGGACAAACAUUACAUGUGCAGAAAUUUGCAGAACUCUCUUGCUGAAUAUGCCAGAAGUACAAAAAAGCUGGUAAGAGACAUGAUGGAUGAUCAACAGUCUUCGCUGGAUUACCUUUCUAAUCAGGUAAAUGAACUUAUGAACAAACUUGUUCUUUUGAACACAGUACUUUUGAGAAAACAUCUGGAUCCACUCCCUUAUAAAGCAGUUCAAUCUCAUGGUUUGGACUGCACUCAUAUUAAAGAUACUGUUGGUUCAGUUUCAAAAACUCCAAGUGGUCUGUACAUUAUCCAUCCAGAAGGAUCAAAUUAUCCUUUUGAGGUUUUGUGUGAUAUGGAUUUUCGAGGAGGUGGAUGGACUGUGAUUCAGAAAAGAACUGAUGGAAUUGUUCAGUUUCAGAGAACAUGGUCUGAAUAUCUGGAUGGAUUUGGUGACCUUACUGGAGAAUUUUGGCUUGGACUGAGGAAGAUUUUUGACAUCGUAAAUCAAAAGGCCACUCAUUUCAGUCUUUAUGUGGAUUUGGAAUCAGAAAAUGACAAGCAUGCCUAUGCCUCAUAUGAUGGAUUUUGGAUAGAGGAUGAAUCAUGUUAUUUUAAGAUCCAUUUGGGGCAUUAUUCAGGAAAUGCUGGUGAUGCAUUUAGAGGAUAUAGAAGAGAAGAUAACCAAAAUUCCAUGCCUUUCAGCACGUUUGAUGUUGAUAAUGAUGGAUGCAGGCCAAUGUGCACUAUUAAAGGACAGCCAGUAAAGAGCUGCAGUAACUUCAGUGAUAACACAGGAUGGUGGUUCAACAAGUGUGGCCUUGCAAAUCUUAAUGGUGUUCAUCGCUACAGAGGGAGAUUCCUUGCAACUGGCAUUCACUGGGAUACAUGGACAAUGAACAAAAAGCCAGUCAAAAUUAAAUCAGUUUCAAUGAAAAUUCGGAGAACCAAUUAUCCAUAUUUCCAUUAACAUAUGAAAAUAGAAAUAUGUCUCUCUUUGCACUUAUGUGGAAUGAUGUAUCACUACAAUCAUAAAUACCUUUCACCUUCUCUUUAAUGGUUCAGUCUUAAAACUUUGUUAGAUAUUUCUAUAAUAUAGUUGUUAAUUUUUAUUAGUAAAUGUCAGCAUUUAUAGUGUUCCAGUUUGAGUAAGAAGGUCCCAAGAAGAACUGAGUUUUCAGAAAAAGGAUUAAGCUGAGUGUUUGUCAGCUUUUAUUCAACUGCCUUUUAAAAAAUCUCAGAACCAGCAGAAAAAAUUAUAAAAAGAAGUGUAAUGCUGACUUUUGAAUGUGCUCUUUCUAUGCAAGAUGUUUCAGUAAAUUUUAUUUAAAAAAAAAACAUGUACCUGCGAUUUCCAUAGUAAUAUUUUGGAAAAAUACUUCAUCUUAUGUUAAAUUUCCAGCAUCAUCUUUUCCUUCUAUAUUCCUUAUCAGGCAAGAUAACAAUUGUUUCAAUGUAUAAAUAAGGUUUUGUAUACCAUAAGG